AUGGAUCAAUCAGCAGCCAACAGCAGAACUCGGGAUGGACGACAGAUCAUCAUCCGGUCAGUGACAGCGGCAACAUCCGCAGGAACCGUCAUCUCUCGCAUCGAGUCCAUCUUGGAGGCUAUCCUGGACUGCCUGGCCGAAGAAAGGGAGCUCACCAUCGACUUUGUCUCGAGCCGAGCCGGCAACAGUCCGCAAAAGGUCCAUUUCCCAGGCAGAACCGUUCUGGAAGCCACCAAAUUCGCCCGGAUCCUGCUCAUCUUGCAGCUCUCCCAUGACGCCCUGGUCUCGGGAACAGUCUUGACCAAGCGUAGGCACAUCUUCUACCAGCACCAGGGCCUUUUCAAGAACCAGAGGACGGUGGAUGAGCUGGUGGAUAAUCUUGCCUUUGCACUCAAUGUCCAACGUGAUGAGUUGAACAUUGUUGCAUCUUCCAAGGGGCUCUUCUCAGGACCUCUCACCGUUUACCUACAGGACGAUACAGUGAUUGGUCCUGCUACCGGAGAUGCGGGAACGGUAUUACCCGCAACUGGGUCAAUAAAAGCGAUCUCUUGUGAAGGCAUCAGAUGGAUCCUCAUCGUUGAGAAAGACGCCAAAGGAUACCCAGACUUGCUCACUUGCUCAUUUAUUCAGCUGGUCCGCUUCAACUGUCCGCAAAUUCCAAUCUUUGUAUUGGCUGACUACGAUCCUGAUGGACUCAAUAUCCUGCGCUACUACCGCCUCAAGUCGGAUAUAGUGUCACGAGAGACGAACCAUACGGCUCCCGAGAUACGCUGGCUGGGAAUCAAAUCGCAGCAUCUCCUAGAGCGUGAGACCCAUAUUGACCAUUCAGUAACGCCAUCUCCGAUUGAUCUACAGCCACCGAACAGCCAGUCAUCCGAGCAAAGCGCCAGUUCCAGAACCUCAAUCUCGUCCACAGAAUGCCGUGAACCAAGUUCGGCUCUUUCAGUACGAGAUCGUAAACUUGCCGUUGGCAUGUUAGAGAAGUUACAGAAUACAGGCGAUAGUUCGGAUGCUCUUGAGCUUCAACGAGAACUUCAGGUCAUGUUGAUGAUGGGCAUCAAGGCGGAGAUCCAGUGGCUUGAUGAAGCAGGCAAUCUCACAGAAUGGCUGGAAUCGAAGCUUGGGCAGGUUUUGGGAUCUUGA